AUGCAUCCAACGGUGAUUUAUCGAAGUAGUUCACCUGUGACGACACCAACAUAUAUCUACGUUGGUCCUCAUCAAUCUUCAAUAUCGUCUGGAUCUCCUUACAGAAUAUUCGUGGAAACUAACAAUCAAAGUGACACUGUACUCGCGGAUACUCAAACCAUUCGUCGCGAAUUGACUAAAAUCAAGAAGGACAUUAAAGAAUUGAAACAAAAGCAAACAUCGCCAAAUUACUAUUUUAUUCAGCAAGACUUCCCCAAUGAUGCUUGUCCAAUUUGUAACACAUCAUCAAAACCUGAAUCCAGUUCGAUUUAUUAUUGUGAUCAAUGUCACGGUUUUGUCGAAGGUCGAGUCACUCCUAUGCAACCAACAAUUCGAACAAAGACUCCUACUACUACCUAUCAGGAUAGCUAUGUACGAGUACCAUCAUCUUCUUCAGGACACUCGCACUAUGCAAUAUAUAGAGAACAACCAAAGACAUCCGACAAGCCGAGGAAUCAAUCUGUAUUCUCACCAUCACCUGCUUUACAUAGCAGACCUUGGAUACCAGCAGCAUCCAAAAAUGCUUAUCCGAAUCGACGUUGGUAUUUUCAUGAAUCACAUCCUGAACCGUAA